UCUAUAUAAAUACCCUCAUUUCACAUAUUUCCUUCACCAACCUCUGCAACCCACUUCUUCAUCCUCACUUUCUAUAAUAUUUCAAGUUAUUACAUUUUCUUGAGGAAAUAUGAGCAGGCCAGGAGAUUGGAACUGCAGGUCAUGCCAGCACCUCAACUUCCAGAGGCGAGACUCGUGCCAACGUUGCGGGGAUCCCAAGUCAAGUGAUAGAGGUGGUGACUUUGGGGGCUUUGGUGGGAGAGGAGGGUCCUCGUAUGGGUUCAGUACUGGUUCUGAUGUUAGGCCUGGUGAUUGGUACUGCGCUGCUAGCGCCUGUGGAGCACACAACUUUGCUAGCCGCUCAAGCUGCUUCAAGUGUGGAGCAUUCAAGGAUGACUCAUCUUCCGGUGGCUAUGACUCUGAUUUCUCUCGCUCACGAGGCUUUGGUAUUGGGAGUGGCGGCGGCGGCGGCGGCGGCAGUGGUGCUAGACCUGGAUGGAAAUCUGGUGACUGGAUUUGCAGCAGGUCUGGAUGCAACGAGCACAAUUUUGCGAGCAGAAUGGAAUGUUUCAGAUGCAAUGCCCCAAGGGACUCGUACUAGACAUGUUAUUCCAAUUUUGGGCAAUGCAGUCAAGCAAGAGAGAUCAUAUCAUAGACUAUCAUUACUUUUCGAACAUUAUUUCUUUGGAUUGCUAGGGUUCUUAUGGUCAACAUGGUAGACCCAUCUUCUCAUGCAGCUACAUUCCUCAGCAUUUUGCUAAGCUUCCCAUAAAAAAAAGUAUAACAAUGUAGUUUGAGUGUUUUGAGCUUUCGAUUAUAUAUCUUUUGUGUAAGAGUUUAUAUUUAUUGUAUGGUGCAUGGUUUUUAUUUUAUAAUGGAAUUGAUUUCGACCUCUUUUUCGUGACUA